ACACUUAAAUUUCCAACCAUUUCAUUAUUUCAACCAAAACAUAACCUUUGAAUUCAAGCCAUGUCGCAUACCGGAGCAGUGAGUCGCCUACUUGCAUUGCUAAGCCUAUGCUUACUACUUUCGAAACCCGCACUAACCGAUACAGUUACCGGCGUGCCGUGCUCUGAAAUUGUCAAGGCAGUAGCUCCAUGCCUGAAUUACGUGCUCGGCAAGUCAAACGAACCGUCGGCGAAUUGUUGUGCUGGAGUAAAGAAAGCGUACGAAGGUAUCAAAAGCAAGGCCGACAAGCAAGCAGCUUGCAAUUGCCUUAAGGCUUCUUUAUCAAAGCUCACAUACGAUCCCAAUCGCAUCUCUGCACUUCCCAAGAAGUGUCACUACAGCUUUACUAUUCCUCCUGUUUCUUCUAAAUUUAAUUGCGCCAAUGUCUAAUAAAACCUCGGGUUAUCUUCCUUGACGAAUGAGCCAUUAAAGUUUCUCUGCUGAUCGAAGGCCUGAAGCAGUAAACCGUAAAAUCGCGUAAUUAAUAUAUCGAGGCAUGUAUGUGUUCCUCAUAUUGUAAUAAUUUUCUUAUAAAUCCGUGGUUCAUGAAAU